CCCUUCCGGACCCCCCCCACCCUUCGCACCUGAUCCCGGCGCUGCCCCGCUUUAAGAGCAUCCUCCUUUUUCCACACACACCUACACACCCCUCGACGGCUUGCCAUGUCCGCUACCCCGGACAAGUUCACCUUCAAAGUUGUCCUUCUUGGAGAGGGAUGCGUCGGUAAGACCUCCCUUGUCUUGCAGUACUGCAAGAGCCAGUUCCGUGACAGCCAUGAUGUUACGCUUCAGGCCUCCUUCCUGACAAAGCGCUUCAAUUUGAAGAACAACCGCGUGGAGCUGCACAUCUGGGAUACCGCUGGCCAGGAACGCUUUCACGCACUGGUGCCCAUGUACUACCGCGAUGCCGGCGGUGUUGUUCUGGUUUACGACAUCACCGACCCGGUCUCCUACCAACGCAUGCAAAACUGGUUGAUGCAGAUCCGCUCGCUGCUUGGGCCGAAAGUCCCGAUCAUCAUCGUCGGCAACAAGAGCGACCUGGACCGGAAUCGCAAGAUCUCCAAGGAGGAUGCGCAAAGCUAUGCCACCGCCAACUCGGCUCUCUUUACGGAGGCCUCGGCCAAGAUGAACUCCGGCGUCGAGCAGCUGUUUGUUUCCCUUGCUGGCGCCAUGCUCAAGGCCGAGGAGGAGAAGCGUGCCUCUGGCGCGGCAUCCGGCGGCGCUGGGACAAGCAACAGCUACAACAUUCACGGCGGUGCGGCGCCCACCGUCCGGCGUGGUGUUACUCUGGCCGCCGAUGAGGACCCUGCCGAGGCCGACACCUCCAAGUCCUGCUGCUGAGCUGCCGUAUCCCCUCGAGGAGUGUGACUGUUGGUCCCCACCCUCUCUCUCUCUGUCACACACACACACACACACA